AUGAAAAUAAAUUCUGUUACUCUGAUCAAUUCAACAUUUAUUAUUUGUGGAUUUACGAAUGAUGGAUUUGAAGAUUCAUCUAUGAAUAAUAGCAGCUUCAUUCAAUCACAGCUUUUGGGUAAUAACACUGAUGAUCGCGGUCGUUAUGACUUUUCUCGUAUUUCACCAGAUUACUCAGAUUUUCGACAAACUCACAUGUUACUUACUAAAUUUUCAAGCGCAAAUCUCUUUCAUUCAAAUUUUGAUGAUAUCAUAUUAAACGAUGUAAUAUUUGAUGAUCAAACUUCAUUGGCCUAUUCAAAUUUCCGAAAAGCAUCUCUAACGAAUGUUCAUUUCUUGCAUGUAAAUUUAUCAUAUUCAAAUUUUUGUGAUGCACAUCUGGAACAUGUGAAUUUUACAUCAAGCACAAAUCUUGUCUAUUCUGAUCUUUCACGUACCCGACUAGAAAAUAUUGACAUUGUUAAUGCUAAUCUUACUGGUUCUAAUAUCAAUAUCACUGAGAAAGAUGUUACUUUGUCUAAUGUGGUUCUACCAAAUAAAGCAUGGAUGAUUGAUACUUCAGAUUUGGUGAAAGACGAUGGUGGUGAAAUACCUGAACGAGAUUCAGCAAUCCAACAAUGGAUUCAUGUUGCUAAUUAUCUAUUAUUUAUUGACAGUGGUGAAACACAAUUCAAUUUAUCGCCGUACUUCGGUGGUAGAGAUGAAUGUGAUGGUGACCUUAUAUUUGAGGCAAUAGAGGAUGAAAAAUCUCCAUCAACUGAUGAAGAUAUUCAUCUCCCUAUCGAUGGUGAACGAACUGAAAAAUGUGAAUGUACAACUUCAUCAAUAAAUACAGUUGAUGAUGAAUGCGACAAUAUGUUACCUAUCACUGAAGGCGAUCGACUAUUUAAUCUUGUUAUUCAUCUUCAAUCAAUUAGUGGAAAAAUUUCAAAUGAACAAAAUGUUGGUAUGUCUAAUUUUCGUGUUAAACAUCGUUUACAUCGCCAUUCAAAAACGAAUACUUUUGGGCAUUGGAGAGGAGCAAUGAAAAAAGCUUUUGAACUUAAAGAUCCAUGGGAAGAUUUUAAAGUUGAUAAUUAUCCAGAAGAAAUUGUUAUAUGUCAUGAGUUUGAUCCAAUUAAACGUACAUGGCAUACAAAUCAAAUUACAGUUAGAAUUGAAUCAAAACCAUUUGCACAUGGAAGUAUGAGAGAAUGUUUUCGAUUAAAAAAACUCUCAAUUUUUUCAACUAAUCAAGAUUGGGAUCGUUCAAGUAAUUAUAUUGCUAAACGAUAUAUUGAUGAUGUACCAAUGGCACGAUAUUUUGAUGAUGUUAUGAUGCAAAUGACAACAAAAUUAUGGGCAGCACAUUAUAAUCAACAUAAUCCACCGAAAAAAGUUGAUAUUAUUCAAAUGAGUGUAUUAGAAUUUAAAGAUCGUGCUGGUCGACCUUAUUAUCAUUUAGAACGAUUUAUUGACGGCGACUAUAUAAAAUAUAAUUCAAAUAGUGGUUUUGUUUGUGAUGAUACUACUCUACGUCAUACACCACAGGCAUUUAGUCAUUUUACUUUCGAAGCAUCUUGUCAUGAACAGAUUGUUGUUGAUAUUCAAGGUGUUGGUGAUUUAUAUACUGAUCCACAAAUUCAUACAAGUCUUGGUGUUGAAUAUGGCGAAGGUAAUCUUGGUAUUCGUGGUAUGGGAUUAUUUUUUUUUACACAUGAAUGUAAUCCAAUAUGUAAACGUCUUAAUUUAACAUCAUUUGAUUUAUCACCUGGUGAACGUGAACGUCAUAUACAACAACAGGCAUUAAGUUCAUCACAUGCAUCAAAUCAUCCAGCUCAAACAACAUGUCGCGGUUCGGUGGAACCAUUAAAAGAUUUUUCAAAAUUUUCUUCAUUAUUUCGACGACUUCGUUCAGCACCGUUAAUAUCACAAGAUGACUCAGAUGGUUAUGUUUCUGAAACAUCAUCAAUUACAGGUGCUACUACUCAUAUAUUUAAUCAUAGUUUAUCAUUACCACAAGCUGAACUAUCUGCGACAAUGCCUAAUGAUGAAAAUUUGCCGUUAUCAUCAUUACUUAAAAAUACUAAAUUACCAUUAUCAACAGCUAGUCUUAAUAGUCCAUCACCUGAUUCUUCACGUUCACAAUCUGAUUUCAACUUAAACAUGGAAGAUUUGUAUAACGCUCAAACACCGAAUAGUUAUGGAGACACUCAUCGCCCUUCAUCAGUUAUACUUGAAAAAACUGAAAUGCGAAAAUUUGAAGAAACAUCUGCUUCUUAUGAAAAAUAUGAAAGUAUUCUUGGACAGAUUCAUCUUGAAAUGUGUAAAUGUUAUCAAGUUGGUAGAUUUAGUGAAUUAGGUUCCGAAGAAUUUGAUGAAGAAUCAGCAUUUUUUCAUUUAGAACAAGCAGCCGAAUUAUGUAUUAAAGAAGCUAUAUUUAUAUUUGCAAAAAUUUAUUUAGAUUUACCUCGUGAUCUUUUAUCACAUUAUCGUCCAACGGAUCAAGUCAAUCAAAUUAGUAAAGGUUUAAAUUUGAUGAUUCGUGCUAGUGAACAACAUGAAACAGAAGCAAAUCUUUAUUUAGCACAACUUUUUGAUAAUGGUGUUGAAGGAUCUUUAGAACCAAAUUGGAAACAAGCAACUGAAUAUUAUGAAAAAUAUAUUCGUAUACGUGAAAAUGAAUCGAAUAUUGUUGAUGAAAAUAGUGAAUCUAAUGAAUUAGAUCAAACUAAUUCAACUCAUAAUGGCAUUCCAUUUCAUGAUCAUCAUGAUAGUGUUGCUCGUUUAGCUACUUUAUAUAAAACAGGUGGACAUAAUUUAUUAUGCAAUUAUCAAAAAGCUGGUGAUUUAUUUAAUAAGGCAGCAGAAAUGGCAACUGCAGCAAUGAAAGGACGUCUUGCUAAUAAAUAUUACAUGUCAGCUGAAGAAGCUUAUGGAUUAGAACCCGAUGAAGAAGUUGAAGAAAGUUAA